GGCCCCGCCUAGCCGCGCGGCCCCUAGCCUUCGCCCGGUUUUUCGCGCCGCCGGAUGUCUUUGCAGGCGGGCCGCGCCGCGCUCUCUCGGCUUCUCCGCCCUCUUCAGCCUGCUGCGCUCGCCACCAUGAGCACUGGCACCUUCGUCGUGUCGCAGCCGCUCAAUUACCGCGGCGGGGCCCGCGUGGAGCCGGCGGACGCCUCCGGCACCGAGAAGGCAUUCGAGCCCGCAACCGGUCGUGUGAUAGCUACUUUCACAUGUUCAGGAGAGAAGGAAGUAAAUCUGGCUGUCGAAAAUGCAAAGGCUGCCUUUAAAAUAUGGAGUCAGAAGUCUGGCAUGGAGAGAUGCCGGAUCCUGUUGGAGGCUGCCAGAAUAAUAAGGGAACAGCGAGAUGAAAUUGCCACUGUGGAGAGCAUCAACAAUGGCAAGUCCAUCUUUGAGGCCCGCUUGGACAUUGACAUUUCCUGGCAGUGCCUGGAGUACUAUGCAGGCCAGGCUGCAUCCAUGGCUGGUGAACACAUCCAGCUCGCAGGCGGGUCCUUUGGCUAUACCCGGAGAGAACCACUUGGGGUGUGUGUGGGCAUUGGAGCAUGGAACUACCCUUUUCAGAUUGCCUCUUGGAAGUCAGCUCCAGCAUUAGCGUGCGGUAACGCCAUGGUCUUUAAACCUUCUCCUUUUACACCUGUUUCUGCAUUGCUACUGGCUGAAAUCUACACGAAGGCUGGGGUACCUCCUGGGCUUUUCAAUGUGGUACAAGGAGGUGCUGCCACAGGCCAGUUUCUGUGCCAGCAUGGUGACGUGGCAAAAGUCUCCUUCACUGGAAGUGUGCCCACUGGCACUAAGAUUAUGGAGAUGUCAGCUAAAGGAAUCAAACCUGUCACCUUGGAACUUGGAGGCAAGUCUCCACUCAUCAUCUUCUCAGACUGUGAUAUGACCAAUGCUGUGAAGGGGGCACUAAUGGCCAACUUCCUCACACAAGGCGAGGUUUGCUGUAAUGGUACAAGAGUAUUUGUGCAAAAAGAGGUUCUUGAUAAAUUUACAGAGGAAGUAGUGAAACAGACACAAAGGAUAAAAAUUGGAGAUCCCCUUCUGGAAGAUACAAGGAUGGGUCCACUCAUCAACCGACCUCACUUGGAGCGAGUCCUUGGGUUUGUUAAACUGGCAAAGGAGCAAGGUGCCAAAGUGUUGUGUGGUGGAGACCUGUAUGUACCUGAAGACCCCAAAUUAAAGAAUGGAUACUACAUGAGACCUUGUAUAUUAACUAAUUGCAGAGAUGACAUGACUUGUGUGAAAGAAGAGAUCUUUGGGCCAGUUAUGUCCAUUUUAUCAUUUGACACUGAAGAUGAGGUUCUGGAGAGAGCCAAUAAUACUACUUUUGGACUAGCAGCUGGCGUCUUCACCAGGGACCUCCAGAGGGCUCACAGAGUGGUGGCCGAGCUGCAGGCUGGAACGUGCUUCAUUAACAACUAUAAUGUCAGCCCAGUGGAGUUGCCCUUUGGUGGAUAUAAGAAGUCAGGCUUUGGCAGAGAGAACGGCUGUGUGACAAUUGAAUAUUAUUCACAGCUGAAGACUGUGUGCGUGGAGAUGGGUGAUGUGGAGUCUGCUUUUUGAAAACCUGCAGUGAAACCUGUUGACAUGGCCAGACUGAGAGCAGUGAGAACCUCCUCUUCUACGGAGGUGGUACAACUGACACCAUCUGGUCAUUCAGGAUCUCUCAAUGUCAUUCAGUGUCAUUCUUCAUCAUUCAAUCAACUUCCUAACUGAAAAUGUAUAUGAGUGCCUUUUACAUGCUAAUCAAAAAAGUCAUGAUUUUCCUCAAAGCAAAUGUCUGCGAAACCUUUAGAGCCGGUGAUACACUUCCAGAGAGCAGGAGAGGGCCCAGGAUCAUAUGUCUCUGCACAGUUCACCCACUGACAGUGUUAAUUCCAACUUAUUUUGAAGAAUUUGCUCCUUUGUAGGUUCCUGGUAGAAUCAGUGGAGAUGAUUUCUGCUCAUGGACAUUUUUCUUUCUUGU